CGAGCCUGUCUGGUUUUCCUCCCAGUUGACAAAACUGCGCAUGCUCAGAUGCAUUUUGACAGUGCAACUCGAAGCUGAGAUCCACGACGGGCGUUACUUCGUGAUUUUGACUUCUUGCUCUAAUUUUAAUCAUGGCUUAAAGGUCAGUGUUAACAACUACCCAAAUACUUACUUUGUAAUUCGUUUUUAAAUUCCAUCAAAGUUGAUUCUGGAGGACACAAGACAGGCCAGAUGGGUAGCUACAUUUCUGAAGUUGUUAAAAGAACCAAUGACAAGCAAAAGAAUCUUUAACAGUAGAAAGCCAGAAGACACUGCAUCAUUUUUUACCAAUAACAGAUCGGAAAGAGCAAGGCUUGUAAAAUUACGCUUGGUGGUAUAGCUAGCUAUGGCUUUUCCACAUUCAAAAUGCUGACUAUAUACGUACAAUUUUUGAUUGGUCAGUGACUUUUGGCAAUUUAGUUUUAUCUCUGUUAACAUCAAAUUAGCAGUAGAGAGAGGGGAGGUAAAGCAUCCUGCCAUUGAAAUUUUGAAAAAAUGAAGAUAAAAACUAACUUAAAAGUGGAGAAAAUAGAGUAAGCCUUUUUCAAUAUUGCCUUGUUAUGAUUAGCUGUGGUGGCAAAAAAUCCAAACAUUGCAUGAAAACGAGUGCACCAAGCAUGAAAAUAAAAUUAAGCACACUGACGUUAUUGCGUUUCAUAAUGAAAGAAGGAGAUUGUUUCGAACUUUUAUUGCAAUCAAUUAAAGCUGGCAGUGGUGCCCAGUUACGACUAUCUGUCACAACCUCCAGUUACAAGGAUGAUGGUGCUGUAGUAUCGACACUAACAUUUGAUGGCGAAUUUCUUCUACUAAAGAACCCCGCUACCCUGUUUGAUGUUUUGGAAGGAUCAGGUUCAUUCGAAACAAAUCCAUCUGUGCCAGAUCUAAGGGACAGUCAGUUCAUGCCAUCAAAUUUCAUCACAAGAAGCCUAGGUCACAGGUUUUUUUUCGGGCUGCAGCUCUCAAGGAUAUAAAAUGUAGAAAACCCAGCGUGAAUGUAUCUCUAUACACGUUGGCCAAGCUGGUUGUCAAAUUGGUAAUGCUUGCUGGGAAUUGUACUGUUUGGAACACGGUAUUCAACCUGAUGGUCAAAUGCCAAGCGAUAAAACAGUUGGUGGUGGUGAUGACUCUUUCAAUACUUUCUUCAGUGAAACUGGAGCAGGAAAACAUGUUCCAAGAGCCAUCUUUGUUGAUUUGGAACCUACCGUAGUUGAUGAAAUUCGAACUGGAACUUACCGCCAGCUCUUCCAUCCGGAACAACUUAUCACUGGCAAAGAAGAUGCUGCAAACAACUAUGCCCGUGGACAUUAUACAGUUGGCAAGGGGCUGAUUGAUCCGGUAUUAGAUAGGACAAGAAAACUUGCUGAUCAAUGUACUGGCCUUCAAGGAUUCCUGAUUUUCCAUUCCUUUGGUGGUGGUACUGGCUCUGGUUUUACCUCGUUGCUUAUGGAGCGCUUAUCUGUGGAUUAUGGAAAGAAAUCCAAGUUGGAGUUUGCAAUCUACCCAGCCCCACAUAUUGCCACUGCAGUUGUGGAACCUUACAAUGGUGUGUUAACCACUCACACUACCUUGGAGCAUUCUGACUGCUGCUUUAUGGUCGAUAAUGAAGCCAUCUAUGACAUUUCAAAAAGAAAUUUGGACAUCGCACGUCCAUCAUACACCAAUUUGAAUCGUCUUAUUAGUCAAAUAGUGUCGUCCAUCACUGCCUCGUUAAGAUUUGAUGGCGCAUUAAAUGUUGAUCUUACAGAGUUCCAGACCAAUUUGGUCCCAUAUCCUCGUAUCCAUUUCCCACUUGCAACAUAUGCUCCCAUCAUUUCUGCAGAGAAGGCAUACCACGAGCAACUUACUGUCUCAGAAAUUACCAAUGCUUGUUUCGAGCCAGCUAACCAGAUGGUGAAAUGUGAUCCUCGUCAUGGAAAAUACAUGGCUUGUUGUCUUUUGUACCGUGGUGAUGUUGUACCUAAGGAUGUGAAUGCUGCUAUUGCUACAAUCAAAACAAAACGCUCAAUUCAAUUUGUUGACUGGUGUCCAACUGGAUUCAAAGUUGGAAUUAACUAUCAACCACCAACUGUUGUUCCUGGUGGAGAUCUUGCCAAAGUGCAACGAGCUGUGUGUAUGUUGAGCAACACCACUGUUAUUGCAGAAGCUUGGGCUCGUUUGGAUCAUAAAUUUGAUCUGAUGUAUGCAAAACGUGCGUUUGUCCAUUGGUAUGUUGGAGAAGGUAUGGAAGAAGGAGAGUUUUCAGAGGCUCGUGAAGACAUGGCUGCGUUGGAAAAGGACUACGAAGAAGUUGGUGUUGAUUCAGUUGAUGAGGGAGAAGAAGAAGAAGGCGAUGAAUAUUAGAUCCUUAUUGUAUACCUGUUUGGUUUAUGUGAAAGAUUGAUGUAAUUAAA